AUGGAGAAUGCUGCGGUCCGAGCUCCGCAACGGAGCCUCAUUAAAAUAAUCCACUCGCCACAUGACAUAACAAAAUUGUAUAUUAUUAUAAAAUAUAGAAUUAAAAUAUAUAUUCUCCAAUUAGUAGAGAGAACGAAGGACACCGAUACCAUUGCAUCGGCACUAGAUUUUUCUUCAUUAUAUUCAGCUAUACAACACGAUUACGAGGGGGACAAUAUUUCGAAUAUAAUGUCAGUACUGCACAUGUAUCAACCGAAAGAUGGUAUUAACGCAUAUGAAUGUGUGCUGAGAAAAGUCCAAGAUUUACUAGAUGAUUGUGGUAUCCAAAAAAAGCAGCUACUGCUCUCAAUGAUACCUUCUCCAAACAAUAUACCAGAUCACACGAUUGAAGAAGUGUUUCGUUCAACUACAGGUUUUAUUAAACUCAAUCCGCAAGAAAAUAACACGUUUCAAAAUAUAUUGGAUACUAAAAACAUGGACGGGAUAAGGGAUAGUAUUUCAUCACCAAAGCAAAGUUUUUUAAACGAUAAAAAUGCAACGAAUCUUAAAUCGUCGCUUUCCGAAGCUUUUCCUUUCCGAGGUUUUUCCAAGAGUGAAAUUUCUAUGAUUCCCAGUCAUAUAAAAAACGCAGAUUUAUCCAGUUAUCAUCUGAAUGAUAAUCCAAAGAGUUGGCAGGAGAAAAAUAAUAAAUAUCAAACGUUGUCUUAUCAACAAUAUCUGCUUAAUAAGAAAUAUUAUGUAUCGGCUAGAAUUAAUAUGUAUAAUACGACUGGUGAAUCACAUCUUUGUCACUCGUCUCAGACGGGAUAUCAGGGUACGAGCUCUACGAAAAUGUGUAAUAAAACUGAGAUAACAGGAAACUUGUGGCAAAAUAAGAUUCCCCAACAAUUGAACGAUGUUAAAUACGAAUGUAAAAAAUAUGAAUAUGCAUUUGACAAGGAUGAAAAUUCUGGCAUUUCAUAUAUGAUAAUCGAUGCCGGUCAAGAUGCAACAAUUAAACAGAAACUUAAAAGUGAUAUACAUAAAAUGGAUGUGUGUUGGGACGAAGAUCAAAAUAUUAUCGUGAAUGCGGACGACCUCUUACCAACAGCGCGCGAUAAACUGAAAACGAGCUUAAAUAACUUUUUAAAGCGAGCCCAAGAAGGAAUUUUCGUUGAAUUGUCGGGCUUUCCACGCAUCAAGUCGCAUCCACAGAUAAACUCCUUGAAUAUGGUAUAUUUCACACCAAAAGAACUAAAAUCUGGAACACCACCAAAAGUUUUAGAACAAGAUUUUACAUCCAAUGUCUCAAGCAGCGACAGCAACAACUGCUUACUUUUAAAACAGCAAAAUAUAGAUAUUAACGUGGAAAAAAAUAAGAAAAAAUCGACCAGAAGGACAAAACAGCAAGCUAUUACUUAUGAUAAUGGAUUGCAAACGAAACACAAUUCUCAGGAAUUCAAUAAAGUAACUGAACUGCAAUUGCGACAAAAUAAUUUAGAUUACGAUACAAAAAAGGAAGAAACUGCAUUUGAAUGUAAAGAAAAAAAUACGGAAGAAUUACAUUAUGGGUGCGAAAUAGAAGAAUCAGAAUCGGAUAAUGUAACGUCAGAUAACAAUUUUCAAGCUCGCUCAAUGUUUCAACUAGCUGCAGACAAGAAACGAUAUUACGACACAUUAUUGAGUGUUCAGAGAACGAAAGUUGCAAUAUCGAAUUCUUUAGCAUCUCCCUCGGGUCAUUUAACAGCCUAUGAUGAUCCGUAUUAUUCGAAUUACAUGUGCCGGCAGCAACACCUGCCUCACCAUCAGCGUCAUUUGAUAGCGAAGCCGCAAUUUUCGACGUGUCCGGCGGAUCUAUCCGGAUUAUCGAGCGUAAACUGUGAUCGAUACAGUUGGACGAGAUCCAUCUGUAAAUAUUUAUUACUAAAGCAACUGAGACUUCAACGGCAGACUUCGCCUUCGUACGCCCAAACUCGAAGGUAAGCUAAAUUACGUGUUCAACAAUCGGAGUACAUCGGAAGUAUGAGUUUUAUGUUCAACACUGCGGUCGAAUUUAUGUGAUAUUUUCUGGGUCUCUUCAAUCUUCAAGCGGCUGGAUUCAUCGCUACGUCGGACAUAUAUAUCCCUAUUUCUCUAUGCUAAUUAGAAGCGAUGAAACAAGGUAUUGCGUACGUCGUAAAAGGUUGGAAGAAGUAGUUGGAAAAUUAAAGGAGACUGAACGCAAUAAUGUCAACAAUUAAGCGAUUCUCCUAAGUUAAUUUGACGAGAAGUUCCAUUGAAGUGUUGCACGCGUAAAUAGUAAUAUUCCUCUUAAUUCCUACGCGAUAUCUUCGAAUAUCAAUUUGAAGAAUUGACAGUAACGACACUAUAUAACAGUGAGGAUAAAAAUAUUGAAAAUUCACGUAAUUAGAUUGAUAUUAUGUAUGUAAGCUCGACAAGCUGGUUCUUAUUCUAAAUGUUCAUCUUUUGUAUUAGCCUUAUCUUCGCGUUGAAAAUAAUCAUUAUGUAUUGACUAUGGAAAAGUUAUCAUAUAUAACGAUUUAUACAUACAUGUUUUCGUUAGACACUUUGGUUUCUCAUAAGGCGUGACUCUUGUGAAGUUCAACUGAUCGCGCAUCAAUUUUGAUAAUUUCGUUUGUAUUUCGGACGAUUGCGUGACAAUGGUUU